GCUACGUCAUAAAUAAAUACUGUCAGCUAUCUCACAGCUAGGAACUUGAAGAGGCAACAUGGCAUUUACUUUAUAUUCUCUCAUUCAAGCAGCAAUUCUCUGUGUCAAUGCUGUCGCUGUGCUGCACGAAGAAAGAUUUCUCAGUAAAAUUGGCUGGGGAGUGGACCAAAGUGUCGGUGGAUUUGGAGAUGAACCAGGCGUCAGAGUGCAGCUGAUGAACCUUGUCCGCUCUGUGAGGACGGUGAUGAGAGUGCCGUUGAUCGCCGUCAAUUCAGUCUGCAUCGUGCUGCUGCUUCUGUUUGGGUGAAGUGAAGUGAGAGAAGAUGUCAGGAGAACAUCUGCAUCAACUCAGGAACUAUUUAAUCUCUCUGACACACGGAAUGUCUCCUGUCAGCCUGUGUAUGAAUGUUGUCAUUUGAUAUUCCACAUUAAGACGUGAAACAUUUGUUAAGGCCUUUAUACAGCACAGAAAUUCAAAAUAAUUAAGUCCAGUUAUUUAGAAUGGUUAACUUCCCUCUAUUUUGACUAGUGAUAGAAUUACACGUCAGUGUUUUGUUUUUGGAAAAACUUAAAUAAGCACUGAAAAUAUAUCAAUGAAGACCCAAAUACCAAUUAUAACUACUUAUGGAGUGACCGACUGUAAAAUGUUUGUGAAUAUGUAUUACGUGGUGUCAUACAAUAAAGAAUUUUUAACUUUUCAA